AUGGGAGCAAGGCCAGCUCCUGGAGGAUUUGAUUGCCAGCUGAAUUGUAAGGAAUUCAAGCAAGGAGGAAAAGAUGGGAGUUUUAUCUGUACCUCUGAUGCUUCUGCAGUUUGUGGCACAGAUGGGAAAACAUAUCGCAGCAGGUGUGAGCUGUGUGCCGAGAAUGAGAAAAACAGGAAACAAGUCGACAUAAGAAGUGAAGGCGAAUGUGGCAGCAGCAGUCUAGAGAAGGAUGUGUGCAGUGACUUUCGGGCCUAUGUGCAAGAUGGAAGACUCGGAUGUACAAGGGAAAAUGAUCCAGUCCGUGGUCCUGAUGGGAGAACCCAUGGCAAUAGAUGUGCCAUGUGUGCUGAGCUCUUUAUAAAAGAAGCUCGAGAAAAUGCCACACGUGAGAGAGAGAGCAGAAUUCGGCGAGAUGCUGAGAAGGAACUUUGUAAGGAGUUUGAAAACCAAGUGAGAAGUGGAAGACUCUUUUGUACCCGCGAAAGUGACCCAAUCCGUGGCCCCGAUGGCAAGAUGCAUGGGAACAAGUGUGCCUUGUGUGCUGAUGUAUUCAUGAGACAGUUUUCGGAAGAAAAAAGUAAAGCAGAGAAAAAUCAGAGAGAUGCUGAAGAAAGGGCUAAAGCUAAAGUGGAGAUCGAGAAACGCUGUAGUGAAUUCCGGGAUCGUGCAAAGAACGGGACACUUUUCUGUACCAGAGAAAAUGACCCUAUUCAAGGUCUGGAUGGAAAAACACAUGGCAACUUGUGUUCCAUGUGCCAGGCUUUCUUCAAAGCAGAAGCUGAAGAGCAGAAGAAUGCUGAAGCUGGAACCAGAAACAGAAGAGGGUCUAAAGACUCAGAAACAUAUGCCAAGCUGUGUGAAGGGUAUCGCAAGGUCAGAAAGAAUGGACAGCUAUAUUGCACCAGAGAGAAUGACCCAAUCAGGGGCCCUGAUGGAAAAGUCCAUGGCAACACAUGCUCCAUGUGUGAGGCUUUCUUUAUUCUAGAAGACAGAGCAAGAGCAAAAGUUAAAAGAGAAGCUGCAAAGGAAAUCUGCAGUGAGUUCCGGGACCAAGCAAAGGAUGGGAUGCUCAUGUGCACUAGGGAAAAUGACCCUGUUGUUGGCCCAGAUGGAAAAACACAUGCAAACAAGUGUGCCAUGUGUGCAAGCGUGUUCCUAGUAGAAGAGGAAGAGAAGAAAAAAGAUGACAAAGGAGAGAAGGAUAAGGUUGAGGCUGGAAAGUUGAAGAGAGAAGCAAUACAGGAGCUAUGCAGUAAAUACCGUUCCCAGGUAAGAAAUGGCCGACUCCCCUGCACCAGAAAGAAUGACCCCAUUGAAGGCCUGGAUGGGGAGAUCCAUGAAAACACCUGCUCCAUGUGUGAAGCUUUUUUCCAGCAAGAAGGAAAAGAAAAUGAAGCUGUGUUCAGAGUAAAGGCUAAAAGAGAUGUUAAAAAGGACUGCAAUGAAUUUAUGAGUCUUUUAAAGGAUGGAGAACUUUACUGCACGCGAGAAAAUGACCCUGUGCGUGGCCCGGAUGGCAAGACCCAUGGGAACAAGUGUGCCAUGUGCAAGGCUGUCUUCGACAGAGAAAAAGAAGAAAGAAGGAAGAAGGAAGAGGAAAAUCAGAGAAUCACUUCAGGCCAUGGCUCUGGUGGUGGGAGACUGAAGGCUAAGGAGGAAUGUGCUCAGUACUGGGAAAGCAUGAAAAAUGGAGAGCUCAGCUGUACUCGUGAGAGUGACCCUGUACGCGGUGCUGAUGGGAAACCAUACAACAACAAAUGCGUCAUGUGUAAAGAGCUGCUGCAGAAAGACAUAGAGGAAAGAAAUAAAAAUUCUGCCGAAAGAUCAAACGGGACUGGCUCAGCCACGGGAAAGGAUGUAUGCGACCAGUUUAGAAGCCAAAUGAAAAACGGGAAACUCCUCUGUACUCGGGAAAGUGACCCUACCCGGGGUCCAGAUGGCAAGACUCACGGCAACAAGUGUGUCAUGUGCAAGGAGAGAUUGGAAAGAGAGGCUGCUGAAAAGAAAAAGAAAGAGGAUGAAGCCAAGAGAAACACGGAGACAAACAAGAAUGAUAAGGAGGAUCAAUGCCAUGAAUUCCGGAGCAUGCAGAGAGAUGGGAAGCUGAUCUGCACCAGAGAAAAUGAUCCUAUCCGAGGCCCAGAUGGCAAGACGCAUGUCAACAAGUGUGCCAUGUGUCAGAGCAUGUUCGAACGAGAAGCUACUGAAAGAAAAAUGAGGAAUGAAGAAAACUCAGGUCCUCAGCCUGCAAAUGAGGGAAAGGACCAGUGUGGAGAAGUUCACAACACAGCAGGCAAUGCAAAACCUAGGCAGGCCAGGAGUUCUUUGCCCUCCGUGGCUGGGAUCAGCGAAGAUGAGUGCAGCGAGUUUCGAAAGCUCAUGAGGAAUGACAAGCUUCUCUGUUCACAAAAGGAUGACCCAGUGCUUGGUACUGAUGGAGUGCUCUAUCAACACAAGUGCCACAUGUGCAGAGCUAUCCUUGAAAAGGAAGCUUUGGAAAGGCCUGGACUCCAAGGAAAUCCAUCACACAUUAGAGUUACUAAAGAAGAAGGUGAUCCAGGAUUUUCCAGCUCCUCUGAGGACUCUGACAUAUGUAAACACUACCGAAUAUUGCCCAGGAUGGGUUAUCUAUGCCCAAAGAAUAUUCAGCCUAUCUGUGGGGAUGAUGGCCAAACCUACGCCAACCCCUGCAUGCUCUGUCAUGAAAACCUGAUCCGUCAGACUAAUACACGCAUACGUAGUCAAGGGAAGUGUGAAGAGAGCAGCAACCCGGAAACAAUACCUGCUGAAACACCUGCAUCUGUGAGUGCAUUGGCCUUUGGGUUAUGGUGGUAG